UUGAUAAUUGUGUGGACAAAACAGUACAAGCGUUCAUGGAAGGUAGUGCCAAUGAAGUACUCAAAGAAUGGACAGUAACAGGCAAGAAAAAGAACAAAAAGAAGAAAAGCAAACCCAAGCCUUCAGCAGAACCAAGUAACAGUAUCCCAGAUUCCAGUAAAUCGGUUUCCAUUCAAGAGGAACAGUCUGUGGCUUCUUCAGAGAAAGGUGGUAUUAAUGGUUACCAUGUCAACGGCACCAUCAAUGAUACUGAGUCUGUGGACUCUCUCAGUGAGGGUAUGGAGACACUUUCAAUAGAUGCCAGAGAACUGGAAGAUCCUGAGUCUGCCACACCAGAUAUGCUGGAUAGAACAGGGUCCAUGCUGGAGAAUGGCAUCUCUGAUUUUGAGCCCAAGUCUUUGACUAUGCAGUCUACUCAGAAUUCUCAACAAAAUAGGAAUGCUGCCAGAACUCUUUCACGACCAACCACAGCACCUCAGUUUGCAAAUCUGGGGAUGGAAGAUGUUCCGCUCUCCUCCACCAACAAAAAGCUAGGUUCCAAUAUUGAAAAAUCUGUGAAAGACCUCCAGCGCUGCACAGUAUCUCUUGCACGGUAUCGAGUUGUAGUUAAAGAAGAGAUGGAUGCUUCCAUUAAGAAAAUGAAACAAGCUUUUGCCGAGUUGCAGAGCUGUUUAAUGGAUCGAGAAGUGGCAUUGCUUGCUGAAAUGGACAAAGUGAAAGCCGAAGCAAUGGAAAUUUUGCUCAGCCGACAAAAGAAAGCCGAACUUCUAAAGAAGAUGACUGAUGUGGCUGUUCGAAUGUCAGAGGAGCAAUUGGUUGAGCUCAGAGCUGAUAUCAAGCACUUUGUCAGUGAGCGCAAAUACGAUGAGGAUCUGGGACGAGUAGCCCGGUUCACCUGUGAUGUAGAGACCCUAAAGAAGGACAUUGAGUCAUUUGGACAAGUGUCCCACCCAAAGAACAGCUAUUCAACCAGAUCCCGGUGUAGCUCAGUGACAUCUGUGUCCUUGAGUGGCCCGUGUGAUGCCUCUGCUGCUUCCUCUUCCACCUGUGCCUCUGCUUCCAGCCUUACAAGCGCUAACAAGAAAAACUCGGCACCAGGAGAGACUCCCGCAGCCCCAGUCAGCUCCGGAGGCAGGCCCUAUCAGCCUCAUCGAGAGGUAUUGCCGGGGAACAGACGAGGAGGACAAGGCUACAGGCCACAAGGCCAAAAGUCCAAUGAUGCCAUGAACCAAGGGCGACAUGACAGUGUGGGUCGUUACAGAAAUAGUUCCUGGUAUUCAUCUGGUUCCAGGUACCAGAGCACUACAUCCCAGGCAUCAGGAAACGUUAGCGAACGGGGCCAGGCCCCCUCUGCAGGGACCAAUGGAACUGGAGCCAGCAUGGAGCCCAGCACACCCAAGCCCUCAUUCAAGAAGGGGCUCCCCCAGCGCAAACCUAGGACCUCUCAGCUUGGGGCUGUGAACUCUUGAGGGCAGUUCUGCUUGGCCUCUCUCCUCUAUCCCACACAAUUCAACUUGGUAACUGGACUUAUUAGGAAACUUAUAGUUAGAUGUAAUAACAAAAAGAAGUUUACGCAUAUCACUUUUUAUGCCAUUCUAAAUAUUUUUGGUUUCUUCUCUCCUCAUUCCCCCUUUACUAUUUUUGGAGGGGAAGCUGUUUUUUCCCUUGACCUUUCCCAAUGAUAUGGAUUGAUUCUGAUUGGUCAUUUCCACCCGGACUCACAGGCCACCGAUGCCCAGGUUUCCCCAGGGUCAGCAGUGCCCUUCCUGGUGCACCAGACCUUUCAAUCACCCAGGAGGCCUUCCUCAGCACCUCCCUCCCGUUCAGGCUCUCAGGAGGAGGAGGAGGUGGGUCAGAGCUAGUCCAGCUGCUUCUCCAGGCUCAGUAGAAGCUGCACAUUGCUAUCAGGUGCCCCCUAUACGACAGUAUAACCAGGAAAGGCAGGGAGGGGAUUGUGUCCAGCACUGAAUUAGCCAGAAAAGGGGAUACUGAAUUGG